GGGAGAUAUGGGAGACCAAAAUGUAUUAUUCUCGACCAUCAUCGUCACAGGAUCAACAUCUCAGAAACACUGGUUCAGCACGGCAGAUCAUCCGUCAAGAGAGAACAGCCUCGACCUCGCUAUUUUUUGUUGCCUUUGCCCUCUUUUCCCAUACCCGCGCGUGCGCAAACCCCACCGCGAGAGAAAAAGGAAAUGCAAGAUGGUGGACUUGCAUAGCAGCUUGCCUUGCUCUCGUGCAUCUCAAACUCUGUAUCUAUUGAGGUGCGGAGGAGCUUCGGGUCACUUUUGGGGUUCAGACAGCCACCACUUCAUGCGCUGUAUCUAC